AUGCAGCACGGGCGGCUUUUUCUUUUCUUACUUAUAUCGACACUUCUGUUUUUGUUGAGGGCUACGUCCUUUUCAGUGGUGGUGGGGGCAACGGCGCUCACAGUGGUGGAGGCUACGUGCGGCACGACGAUACCAGCGGAUAGCCAGUGGAUGGUUGGUCCUGCGUGGGCCUUCCAGCGACCUGCGUUAGGCGCGCGGUCGCUCCCAACUCCUCUUGCGGGCUCUGAACUGCGUUUUGGACGAGCCUCUCUGGGGAGUGAAAUAGAGGAGAUCAUACACUCCGAGGCAGGGAUGAACCCAAACAUGGUGGUGAUUUUUGAAUUGAAUCCACAUUUUCACGCCGCGAAUAAAUGCAAGUUCCUCUGGAACCCGCUAGAGGCGGCAAUAGACGGCACAGAGACGACCGCAGCGCGUGUGUUUGCGUUAGCCGUCACCGGUAUUAACGCAUCGUGUCAGACGCCAUCGCAGAUAGAGGUCACUCUUCAGUACAAUCAGGAGGUGUCUUAUUUUAUUCCAGUGGAUGUGGGAAAAUCCACGACAUACUCUCUUAGUUUCUCAACGAGAGACAUGCGUUGGCCAGUCUUAUUUCACGUUUCGCCCAACUGUGUGGUUUACUUGCUUUUACUCACGAAUCGCCAAGGAUCUAUUCAUAAAUGGUAUGCAUGGAUUCCUGCGACAAUAGUUACAGUAAUGGUACUUUUAUUGGUUACCACGAUGAUGCUAUUUUGGCGUGAGCUACCACCAGCAGCAACCGCUAUGCUGUUAACGCUUUUGUUUGUGGGUUAUCUCGGGAGUUGCAUUGGCCUUGUGAUGGAGGUACUCUCUUGGCAAAGCGUCCUUGGCCGCGUGUUCCCUUUUCCUGACGCAGUUACCCUUUACUGUUGCCUGCCGAUUUUCUACUUGCUGAUGUUUCUGCUGGUCUUGCUGCGUAACCGUUAUUCUGGUGUUUUAUUUCACGCCUUGUUGCGUCUUGCAGUCUACGGCUUAAACCUGGCGCUCUGCUGCGGGUAUUGGGUGGCUGGGGAUGUCUUGCUUGGCUCCUUGACGCUGUUGCAGUUUCUCUUGUCAAACCUCUUCUUGUCAGCAGCCUACUCCUAUUUUGCUGUCAUUCUUGGGCGGGCACAGCUUCGAGUGGAACCGAUUUCCGGUGCGUUGGGAUUUCUGUGGUUUGCCCCACUCACUCCCUUUGCACCAUGCCUCUUGAUGUACUAUGAUCUGUACAUCAUGCAGGCGAGCAGCCAAGCACCAGGUGCCUUGACCUCGAUAUUGCAGAAGGCGGUUGUGAUGUACGACACAAUGACAUCCUUUCCUCUCCUUUUGCUACAAAACGUAUGGGGGAUUGCGAUGCUUGCCACCGUGACGUCGUACCACAUGCCGUUUCUUAUUCUUCUUUUUACAGCCCUUCUCUUCUUCACUCUGCAAUCCGUCGUUUCGAUCGGGCAGUACGCUAAACUGCGCAGGCGCUGGAUACGCCGGGGCGACAUUACGGAGAGAAGAGGUUGUUUUGUUUUCUUCUGCGACUGGUUCAGGCUCUGGGGUUCACUGGAACGCUGCAUCCGCGGUGAUAAUUGCCAACGCCCGGCGGAACCGGAAACCCGACGAGUAUGUCACUUGAUGGCGACGAUGAGUGCGGACGGACCAGACGGAGCGUCGCCCGAGGCGUCCGUGUGGCAGGCUCGCGAGUGA